UCAGCCAAGCUGAUCUGAGACAACCCUAGUAUACCAUUCUAAACAUGGCAGCCUCCGUCAGAUAUUUACUGAAACCUUGGACACCGAGUCUGUGUUUGGUGAGGUGGAGUCGGUAUAAUCCAUACUAUCUGGAUCCAGAUCCCAGUAAAGAUGCUCGUGUCCCAGAAUCAGAACUCAGUCCUGAAGAUAAAGAGCUGCAAGAACUGAAAACAGUGAGACCGAUAAAAGCAGCGCUGGCAAGCGACUCCAGCUCUGCUUUCAAUGACCCUCUGAUCAGCAAGUUCAUCAACAUGAUGAUGCAAGAUGGCAACAAAAUCCUUGCUAGAGGAAUCAUGACACAGACGCUGGAGACCAUAAAGAGAAAGCAGGUGGAGAAAUACCACAAAUCUCCAGCAGCUAAGAGAGAAGCGAUCGAGUGUAAUCCAUACACCGUCUUCCAUCAGGCACUAGAGAACUGCAAACCCAUCAUUGGCCUGGCCAGUGUACAGAAAGGAGGCAAGUCUUAUCAGGUGCCCGUCCCUCUCACGGAUAAUCGGCGGCGUUUUCUGGCCAUGAAAUGGAUUAUCACAGAAUGCAGAGACAACAAGCACCGUCGCACACACAUGUAUGAGAAACUCUCGCAGGAGCUGCUGGCCGCCUUCGCUAACGAGGGAAAUGUAGUGAAACGCAAACACGACCUUCACAAGAUGGCCGAAGCCAACAGGGCAUAUGCACACUACCGCUGGUGGUAGAGAGAGGACGUUUGGACUCCUAGUUCACCCACAGACGUGAUUUGUUUUGGACUGACAGCAUCAGGAGUUUGGGAUGGAUGGGCAUCA